ACGGAGAAAAACCAGCUAACGACAUGUUGUGAGAGGGUUGCCUGCUAUGGGUGUACUUAGCUGCGGUGUAGCCACACAGUGGAGGGACGGAGCUGCCAUGGCUCUGGCCAUUUCUGUUAUCGGGAUGCCAUUGUGCCGAGGCUUUGUGAAUCCUUCGAGCUAGACUUCGCUAUUUUCUGCUUCUUCCUCCCUCAAUUCGUGCAGUUUGCCGACGCGAGUCGUUGUCCAGACGGCGAGAGGAAGGGCAUUAGCCGAGCUAGUUAGUAGAAAAGCUAGCCGCUGGUGAACAUUGCUAGGCAGCUAGGUUAGGUUAGCUGAAGUUGGCGUUUAGAAACUGCGAAAAAUGCUAAUUUAUGAGUUUAAUCAGUACUUUGCAGGAUUGUGCAGAUAUGUAUCCCACUUUUGGCUGUAUUGUCGUUGUUUUCGUUAUUUUGGCCAAUGCUGAGGCUAAGGCUAGGAGGAGCAAACAAAAAAAACUGAUUUCACCUAUUUUCCUGUAGGCUACAGUGGCUAACAGGCUAUUUAAGACAACGUUUAACCCUAUAUUUCCAUUACCUGAACUAAUGUCCCAUUAUGUGCAGUGGUAUUGACAUUAUGUGUGAUGUUUCUGACCAGACUAUUAUGUGCAGUGUAUUUGCAAAUGCCAGGUGUGUCUUUUUUAUUUUUUUUACAUUUUUUUUGUGGAAAUAUUUCACUGACCCACUUGGCAGUGUUGUGCAUAAGAUGCACACAACUGCAAUACACAUGGUGUGAGCUUCUGUGGGACUUAAUAUAAUGUAACUGGAGUGAUACUCUAUUACAAAAAACAACGCCACGCCCACAGGACAGUUCUUUACGUUUCUUGUGAACUGCCUACAACAGCUGCCCACAGUCCCAUUGUGUACCUGUUGUGAAUCCAUACAUGUACAGCGGAAGGAUGACCGAGGCAUGGCAGCAGCAGCAUGCAGUGGCCCCCCCUCCUGUUGCUCAUCCCCUCCUCCAAGGGGCUGAAAAUCCUCUGGGUAGUGCUGUGUAUGGCAUCGUCCUGCCCGCUGACCCUGCCUUACAGCAGUCCCAGCAUGGUCAGCAUGCCCAGCAGCAUCCUGUGCCAGCCCAACAGCCCUCCCUGCAAGUCGGGAGUGAGGGGGGACACAAGUGUGGAGCCUGUGGCCAUGAUAUAUCUCACCUGGCAAACCCGCAUGAGCAUCAGUGCAUGGUGAGCCAGGACCGCUCUUUUCAGUGCACCCAGUGCAUGAAGAUAUUCAAUCAGGCCACUGACCUGCUAGAGCAUCAGUGCGUCCAGGUAGAGCAGAAACCCUUCGUCUGCGGGGUGUGCAAAAUGGGAUUCUCGCUUCUCACCUCUUUGGCGCAACAUCACAACGAGCACACGAAUGGAAACAACCCUAUGAAAUGCUCCAUUUGCGAGAAAACCUACAGGCCUGGUUCAUCCUCAUCUAACCCGCAACAGGCGUCCACUGGAGAGUCCUCAAGUAGCGGAGCAGCUAUGGGCUCCUCUUCCUCCACUGCUUUCCAGGGCUCUGACAGGCCCUACAAGUGUUCAGUCUGCUCCAAAGCUUUCCGCCACCUGUCCGAACUCUCUCGCCACGAGCGGGUGCACACGGGCGAGAAACCCUACAAGUGCAACACCUGUGAGAAGAGUUUCAGCCAGGCGUCUCACCUGGCACACCACCAGCGUACGCACAGUGCCGACCGUCCUUACAAAUGUGCAGUCUGCGAGAAGACCUUCAAGCAUCGGCAGCACCUUGUGCGGCACAUGUACGCUCACUCCGGUGAGCACCUGUUCAAGUGCAACCUUUGCGAGCUUCACUUCAAGGAGUCAUCUGAACUACUGCACCACCAGUGCCAGCCAGCGGGCGAGCGGCCAUUCCGCUGUGCCACGUGCGGCAAGAGCUUCAAACGUCCGUCGGACCUACGGCAGCAUGAGCGCACCCACUCAGAGGACCGGCCCUUCCAAUGCGAGGAGUGCCAGAUGAGUUUCAAGCAGCAGUACGCACUUGUGCGCCAUCGUCGCACGCACAAAAACCCUGCCGACCGGCCCUUCAAGUGUAACCAAUGUGACAAGGGCUUCCUUCAGCCUUCUCACCUUCUGUACCACCAGCAUGUCCAUGGCAUUGAGAGCUUGUUCAAGUGCGCCGCUUGCCAGAAGGGAUUCCGACAGUCGGGUGAGCUUCUGAGGCACAAGUGCGGAGAGUCCAGCUCCAGCUCCAAUGCUGUCGAGAAGCCGUACAAAUGUGACGUGUGUGGGAAGGGCUAUAAAAAGUCGUCGACGCUCCAGAGGCACCAGAACUCCCACUGCACCGAGAAGCCACUCAAAUGCUCUUUAUGUGGCCGCCGCUUUCAGUCCUCGUCUGAUUUCGUGCAGCAUCGCUGCGAUCCAGCCCGCGAGAAGCCGAUGAAGUGCUCGGACUGCGAGAGGCGCUUUAAGUAUUCUUCUGAGCUCCAGAGACACCGGCGCGUCCACACAGGGGAGAAACCUUUUAAGUGUCCUACCUGUGACAAGGGGUUCAAGCAGCGAGAGCACCUGGCCAAACACGGCAUCGUCCAUUCACGCGAAGCCCAGUUUAAGUGUGUCUGGUGUGGCGAGUGUUUUGGGGAGCUGGGGGCUCUACAGGAGCACACGGUUCAACACACUGCAGAAGGAGGGGGCUAUCCAGUAGCCCCUUGCAUACAGUAGUACCUCAAAACCCUGCGUACAACUAGCUUCUCACCCUGUUAAUGAAGCCACGUAUAGAUAGUGCUUACCUUAGAAAUAUGACACUUGCUAGUAUGCUAAUUCUGCUAUAAUGUAUUGAGUUUCAUUUGACACAAGUACAAAGUACAAGACUGGUGAUAGCUCCCAGUGUAUCCAUUUCACAAUACGACCAGUAUUCCCUCUUCCAGCCAGGCCUUAAAAAGCUUAACCUGGAUAGGACAAUAAUCACAGAGCUGCAGCACAUUAAUGUUCAGGUCAUGUAAAUGGUUUGAACAACUUCUUUUCUACAUUUGUGACACAUCCUUACAUCGUAAGGAAUCCUGCCUGUCAUUGUAACUACACAUGGCACACUUAGGUGGAAUAUACAGUAAAAUAACAAAAGAAAACAAAAAAAAAAAGUUUGUGGAAGGUGUUAAGUAGAAGAUGAUUCUAGGUCAUGGAAUUAAAUAGGUCAAAAUGACUUGAUUAUAUUUUAAGUCCAAUCUUCGGAAUAAGAAACACAAAUAUAUCUAAAUUUCUGUUUGUGCUGUUGCAAGUGUUUGUGACGCAUUCUAUUUUUCACUAUUGCAAUAUCACUGAACUUAAUUCCAUCAGUCUGUUAGACUUUGGCCCAGUGCUGUCAUCUCCAAGGCUGACUAAAAGUACAUGAGACACUUUUUCAAAUUGGAUUUCACUGGCUGGAACAAUUUAUCAGGGGGCCUGUUAUGGACAAACUGGUUGCCUUUUGAUCCUGAACAACCUCAUGCUUCUUACCAGCCAUAGUUCUUGUAAAUAAGGCAAUCUUCUCAGUAUAGUGACUAUGUAUCUGUAACGUAUAACUCCCAACGCCUAACCCAUGAUGUAACAGGGUACGUGCAUGCAUGAAUAACCUAAUAUUUGUAUGUUAAUAUUUUAUGUUGUAAACUGUCACUGGUGCAUAAUUGUAUGUUCUCUUUUAGGCAACGUAACAAGCAGUUCGUUACUCUGGAAGUGUUGGAAUUGUAUGUGAUCAGCAUAAGUGGUGAUUUCAUCCCUGUAGCUAUCAUGGGAGUUUAAACAAUUACCAGUAACACUAAUGCACUGGUAUGCAUACAGUUUACAGUAACACAUUUGCUUUUAAGCGGCCCAGUAACGGCAUGUCCGUCACAAUCAUUAAGUAGUCCUGUUUGGAGAAGAAGAAAAACAAACAGAAGGUGGUGUUACUGCUCAUCAAUGCUCUACUACCUGCAAUAUUGUUCAGAAAUGGAUGUUUUGUAAUGCUAUGACUUGAGUACAGUGGUAGAAUUUAGUGUCUGUGUAUCUGCACCAUACUGUAAACUGUGUGUUAGUGAUCAUUCCUCUCUGAGGACAGGUAUUACUCUGUUACAGUGAAGCUAGUAUGAUUAUUUCCCUUUUAUAAGCAACACCAUUUAUUUUCUUUGUUUGCAUCCUACUUGAGAUUGAGUUAAUGAACCUCAUCCUAUGAAUCACCAUGCCUUGGAAGAGUGGUGGGUGGGUAACAUUCCAUUAAAGUUGAAUUUGCAUCCCGUUACUAAAAAUUUUGGUCAACAAAUAUUCAAAUGCACCUUGUUGGUAUUAAAUAAUACUACAGAGUAGUUUGUUAGGAAGGGCCUCAAUUUAGACAGAAUUGCACCUUAAUAUAGUUGGUUGUUGACCAUAAUUGUUUGGACUAACUACACACCAAAAGUAGACAAGCAGUCUGUAUAGACAUAAUCUGUUGAACGUGAGUAUGUAUGAAAUGCAAAUUUGUUGACUCCCACAAUUAUUUUAAUUUCUUAGGACAAACCUCUUCAUUAAAGCUCACAGAGUCCAUUGCUAGUUUCAGUAACUUUGAAUGUAAUGGAUAACCAAAGGGGACACAGCCUCUGACCCUCCCCUCGGUACAACCCUCCCCAUUCUUUGCUUACCCACUCCUUAAGACCUUAAGACGUACCUGUUUUGAAGAUGGUGGAAGGACUGAAGUUUGUAAAUACCCUAUAUGUCAAAAAAAAAAAUCCCUAUCCAUGCACAAGUCUUCACACAAGUGUAUUAUGACCUUAGGCUACAUGGCAUUAACCAAUAAAUGUUUGUAAAGACAUGA